UGUUGUCUUCCGGGUACUCGGCCCUCUCCCAGGACCGGGGAGGAUGGAGCCGGCGCUGCUGUUACUUUGCUUUCAUCUCCUGCUUUCCGCUGCCUUUGGCUCCCAGCCGCACAUUGUCUUCAUCUUGGCCGAUGACUUUGGCUGGAACGACAUCGGGUAUCACGGCUCCGAGAUCCGAACCCCUGUCCUGGACAAGCUGUCCGACCAGGGCGUCCGACUGGAGAAUUACUACGUGCAGCCCCAGUGUACGCCGUCGCGCAGCCAGCUACUGACCGGCAGGUACCAGAUUCACACAGGUUUACAGCACGAAAUCAUCUGGGCCUGUCAACCACACUGCGUCCCAUUAGAUGAAAAGCUUCUGCCUCAGUUGCUCAAGGAGGCUGGUUACAGCACUCACAUGGUGGGGAAAUGGCACUUGGGCAUGUACAAGAAAGAGUGUCUCCCGACGCGGAGAGGAUUUGAUUCCUUCUUUGGUUACCUGAUGGGCAGUGAGGAUUAUUAUACUCAUGAGCACUGUUAUUUCAUUCCACCACUAAACAUCACUCGCUGUGCACUCGACUUGCGAGAUGGGGAGGAUGUUGCUACUGAGUUUACGGGUGUGUAUUCAGCUCAUUUGUUUACACAGAAAGCCAUUGACCUUCUAUCCAAGCAUGACCCUGCCAAGCCUCUAUUUCUAUACUUGGCUCUUCAGUCGGUUCACGCGCCCCUUCAGGUACCCAAGGAAUACAUGGAGCCAUACAGUUUUAUCCAUGAUGUGCAUCGGCGCCAGUAUGCAGGAAUGGUGUCGGUGAUGGACGAAGCUGUGGGGAAUGUCACUGACGCUUUGCAGCAAUAUGGAUUCUGGAACAAUACCAUCUUGAUCUUCUCCACAGACAAUGGAGGACAGACCUUGUGGGGUGGAAACAACUGGCCCCUGCGAGGAAGGAAGUUGACGCUGUGGGAAGGUGGUGUCCGCGGUGUGGGUUUUGUCUCCAGCCCCCUGCUAAAGCAGAAGGGCAGAGUUAGUCGGGAACUCAUUCACAUCUCUGAUUGGCUCCCUACUUUGGUAUCUUUGGCUGGAGGAUCCACUACAGGCACCAAACCACUGGAUGGCUUUGAUGUGUGGAAGACUGUUAGUGAAGGACAUUCCUCACCUAGAAAUGAACUGCUUCACAACAUCGACCAGCUCUAUGUUGAUUAUUCUUCAUGUCCCGGUUCACCCAAUAAAAUUCCAACGUCCAAGGUACAGCUGACCAAAUGGCAGAAUUCUCUCUUUAAUGUGUCGAUCCACUCAGCAAUCCGUUCUGGGAAUUGGAAAUUAUUAACUGGAUAUCCUGGCUGCAGUUACUGGUUCCCACCUCCAUCAUCCAAACAAUUGCAACUAGCGUCAUCUGAUUCACCAAAGAAAAAUCUUCGGCUUUUCAACAUUGCAAAUGAUCCAGAGGAGAGAGUUGAUCUUUCUGACCACUUCCCUGACAUUGUUGAGAAGCUGCUGUCAAGGCUUCAGUACUACCAGGACGGCGCAGUGCCAAUUUUUUACCCAGCUGAUGACCCAAAGUGUGAUCCUGGCAAAGGUGGGGCCUGGGGACCCUGGGCCUAGGAGCCAAGCUUGUUUAAAGCUCAUGUUCAAUUAAACAUUGUCAUGUGCCACACCAUGGUAAGUAAUGGCAUUUGUGCUGGAAUGCUGGAUUUGAUUUCCCAAUCUGAGAGUGUCCUUUUGAUACUUUCUGAAAUUCUACUUGUCCAAAACCAGACCUGAAACUCCAGAUCUGUAUAGUGUCUCUUUGUGUGUGUAUAUAUUGUUUAGAAUUAUCAUGUAUUGCAAUGGUAUUAUAGCUGUUUUUAUAAUCGGAGACUAAUGUUUGAAUAUAUAAAGACAAAGUGCUGGAAAUACUGAACAGUUCAGGCAGCAUCUGUGGAGAGAGAAGCAGUAUUAACAUUUCAGGUCAAUGACCCUUCAUUAGUUCUGACCUGAGCCAUUAGCUCUUUUUGUUUUCUCACCACAGAAACUGCCUGACCUGCUCAGUAUUUCCAGCACUUUGUUUUUAUUUCAGAUUUCUAGCAUUUGCAGUUGUUUUUGAUUUUGAAAUUUUUUUUAAAAUUUUAUUUACAGUGUGGUAACAGGCCCUUCCGGACCAACGAGUCCGUGCCGCCCACUUUUUUAAACCCCAAAAUAACCUACCUGUACGUCUUUAGAAUGUGGGAGGAAACCAGAGCACCCGGCGGUAACCCAUGCAGACACGGGAGAACGUACAAACUCCUUACAGACAGUGAUGGGAAUCGAACCCCGAUCGCUGGCACUGUAAUAGCGUUGCACUAACCGCUAUUGAGGAUGCUGGGAAUCUGCAAAAACUUUUUUUUGCUGGAGAUUCUUAGCAGGACGAGCAGUAUCUGUGGAGAGAAACUGACUUAAUAUUUUUGGUUGAUGACCUAUCAGGAAGGUCAAAUGGAAUUUGAGAUGUUAACUGUUUUUACCUUCCUUGAUUCUGCCUGAUGUGAGUGUUUGCAGCAUAUUGUGUUUUCAAUAUUGAUUUUUGUGCUGUUUCCAAUGGCCCUCAUUGGGGAUUCCCCAGUACUUAAGAGUUCUCUGGUUGUGCUUGCUGUGGAACAGUCCCCUUCACAGCCAGUAGAAAAAUACCAUUUAGCAAUGAUAUUGCUAUUUUUCAGCACAAAGAGCAGAUUGAAUUCUAGGGGAACAGGGAUUUGACAGGAUGCAGUUGAGCACUCAGCUGUGAGAUUGGUUAUUGGAGUUGCAUUUGAACAGCUGAGUCUCAUUGUGGAAAGAAAUGCAGCCAGCUCAUGGAUCCAGAGAACAAUGAAGCUGACUAUUGCAAUCGUUGUCUGUCUCAUGAAUUCAAAAAUCCUACAAUUUUUCACACAACUGUGAAACUUGUACAAGCUCCCAACAAAGCAGGGUAUUAUUUUGCUUUUUAAAAGCUGUUUGGUUACUUGUGUGAAAUAUGUUUUUGCCACACAUCACAUCAGCCUGGAGGCACUUCUUCACUUGUCCUCCAUUUGGGCAGUGGCAGACAAGCUGGAACUCACAACUGAAUGAAAUGUCAGUUGUGCACUGUGUCAGUUGACUUGCAUGAUAGUUAGGCAGUUACUGAGUUGGAAAAGGAGCCCGGUUGUGAAAUUUCAAGCUCACUUCUUCCAGUGUGAAAGGAAAUAGCUAAAGUUGAGAUUGUCAUUUCAAGCUAUAAAAUAAAAACCAUUUAGAGAAAGUGGCAAAAUUUGAAAAAGCAAUAUUUACUUCAUCAAGUAGGAAAUAAAACAGUUUAAAAAUCACAAGCUGAAACAUCAUUCAUUAAAUAAAGCCUAUCCAAACAGUGAAGAAGAAAAUUAUAAGGCUCCAAAAUCAGAAUGGCUAGCUUCAAAGCUCUGAGAGUACUGGCUACAAGUGGGUGAAAAGUUCAGAGCAAGAAAAAGAUCUUAAGAACAUAGAAAUAUUUCUUGGAAGCCUAAGAUAGGUUAAAGAAAUUACUGAUCUUUAGAUAAUGGCAGUAUUUGAGAAGACUGAUUGCUAGUGGAAAAAGAACACGAAGGCAGGGGGAAUAAUUGUUCUCUAUUGGUGUUCUUCAUGAGCAAGAUGUAUUCAAAAGUACAGAACCAACGGGAUAAUGUUGAAUUAGACAAAAAUCCAAGGACCACUGAUAAUUGAUACAUGAAAGGAAUAUUAGUAAACAAAUUGACCAAGUGAAAGAAUGACACACACUCAUUUAAAUAAAACAAUCAUUUCAUAAACACCUGCUUUACAAAAGGAAGACCAAAAUUAUCCACAGAUGGUUCUUAGGAAAGGAAUCUAAAUUUUCUAAAGCCUUAUUACACCAUAAGACAUAGGAGCAGAAUUAGGCCAUUUGGCCCUUCGAGUCUGCUCCACCAUUCGAUCAUGGUUGAUUUAUUUUUCCAUCUCAACCCCAUUCUCCUGCCUUCUCUCCGUAACUUUUGAUGCCCUUAUUAGGCAAGAACCUAUCAAUCUCCGUUUUAAAUGUACCCAGUGACUUGGCCUGCACAGCCAUCUGCAGCAAUGAAUUCUGCAGAUUCACCACCCCCUGGCUAAAGAAAUUCCUCCUCAUCUCUGUUCUAAAGGGACGUCCUUCUAUUCUGAGGCUGUGCCUUCUGGUCUGAGACUCUCCCACUACUGGAAACAUCCUCUCUGCAUCCACUCUAUCCAGGCCUUUCAAUAUUCGGUAGGUUUUCAUGAGAUCCCCCCCUCGUCCUUCUAAACUCCAGCGAGAACAGGCCCAGAGCCAUCAAAUGCUCCUCAUGUGUUAACCCUUUCCCAGGAUCAUUCUUGUAAACCUCUUCUGGACCCCCUACAAUGCCAGCACAUCCUUCCCUAGAUAUGGGGCCCAAAACUGCUCACAAUACUCCAAAUAUGGUCUGACCAACACCUUUUAAAGCCUCAGCAUUACAUCUUUGCUUUUAUAUUCUAGUCCUCUGGAAAUGAAUGCUAGCAUUGCAUUUGCCUUCCUUAUUACCAACUCUACCUGCAAGUUAACCUUUAGGGAAUCCUGCACUAGGACCCAAGUCCCUUUGCACCUCCAAUUUUCUGAAUUCGCUCCCCAUUUAGAAAAUAUGCCUUUAUUCCUUCUGUCAAAGUGCAUGACCAUACACUUCCCUCCGUUGUAUUCCAUUUGCCACUUCUUUGCCCAUUCUCCCAACCUGUCCAAGUCCUGCAGACUCCCUCCUUCCUCAACACUAUCUGCCCCUCCACCUAUCUUUGUAUCAAUCACAAACUGAGCCACAAAGCCCUCAAUUCUGACAUCCAGAUCAUUAACAUAUAACGUGAACAUGGUCUUAUUUCCCAUGCUGACCAAGCCUGACUCUAGUCCUGCUUUUUUGGCAAGUUUCACCAAUAAUAUUUAAAACUGGUGGUGAUGCAGCACCUCCCAGAACUGCUGGCAACACUGUGUAACUGGUGUACUGCCAAAGAUUCUGGGCAAGACCAAAGUUGUCCAAUCCAUGUGUUGAUUAUUCCCUCUUAAAAGAAAAUUGUUAUUUAAUCAAUGAUGUUUGAGAUUGUAAGUUAGCUUGCAUCCUUUCACUGACCAAUCUUCUCAUAAUAAUAACUAAACUCUUAGAUUUUCAACAUUUGGCACAGGGAAGAUGAAUGAGUGCAAUGUGUCUAUGCUCCUGUUUUAGCCUAACUAGCUUAUUUUGUGGCAGGCCCUAGCAAGAUGUUCACCUCCAGAGAAAUGGCCGUGACAAACACCAAGUGUUGCUGCUGCACAUCUUAAGUCUCCAUUCAUCUCCAAAAUGUUUGUUUUUUAAAUCCUACCUUGACCAAAAAUCUCAACUGAACUAGUAAGUUGAGUUUUAAAAUGUUUGCUCAUCCACUUAGUAACCUUGGAUGCUCAGUGUAACAAUUGUUAAGGAUGUCUUGUUGUUUACUUAUUUUUCUAACGUUUGGCUUGGUGGCUCUGUGGUUAUAAUAGUGUCAGAUUUCAACUGUCCUUGCUCUGAAACUAACAAUAAUUUCAGGGAUAUAAGCUCGCAAUUAAAUAUCAAAAUGGAGAAGUUCUCAGAGAUUCGCUGCUUUGCAGCUGCCUUCAGCUCGAUCUUCAGAAGUCGGUGAGAGUGUUGAGAAAUAAAGAAGUUUAUAAAGUAGAAGCACAGAUGCUGGAAUCUAGAGCAAAGAAAAAACAAACUGCUCGAGAAACUCAGCAGGUCAGGCAGCAACUGUAGAGGGAAAUGGACAUUUGAUGUUUUGGGUCAAGACCCUUCAUCUGGGCUGAAAGAUAGCCAAUAUAAAGAGGUGAAGGGAACAGGUGGAGCAGGAGCUGGCAAGCGAUAGGAGGAUCCAGGUGAGAAGGGACGAUGGGCAGAUGGAGGAGGGAAGAGUGGAAAUAGCGACAGAGGCUGGGAGGUGAUAGGUGGAGGUGACAAAGAGCUACAGAUGAUGGAAUCUUGAUAGGAAAGGAAGGUGGAGCGUGGGACCAAAUAAGCGAGGUGGGGUGGGCACGUGGGAACAGUGGGGGAGGAUGUGUGUGGGUGAUGGACAGAUGGAGUGAGUGAAGGAAGAGAAAGAAACUGGAUGAUAGGGGGCUGGGGUGUGUGGGAUGGGGGAGGAGGAACAGAAUGGAUCAGGAGGAGAGAGAGAAAAAUGACAGAGGGGGAGCAGGUUGCCUGAAAUUGAAGAAUUAGAGUUUAUAAAGUACUUUUUUGUUACAUAGCACAUGCUUUGUAUGGAGUGCAAGUGAGUUGUGUAUAAAAUCAUUAUUACCACUUAGCAAGAUUGUAUAGAGUGGAAUUCUCUUAAACUCAGAAUAUAAUGGAUUGUGAAAUUUUCAUAUUUCAGCAUCUACCUCAAUCUUAUGUAUGUUCCAAUGGUUGUUUUACACUAUAAAAUGUUAAUGUGAAAAAUGUGUUUUUUUUUAAAACUAUGGUAGGGAAUUCUUUAGUGCAAUUGCUUGCAAGGCCAGCUUGAUGAGAUCAUUGACACAGGUGCCAGACAUAACAAAUGAUGCUCAACAACACAUGACUUCAGAAAAAGGGGAAGUCCACUUCACAGAUCCCAAGAACUAUGUAGACAGCUCUCAUCGAGCUCUGCAAAAUCCAAGCUGAGCAGUCGAAUUCAAAAUGCUGCAUAUGCAAACCUCUUGAUGCACUGUUUUCAUUUCUUUCUGUUCAUUGAAACAAUCCUAAUAACUGAAAUAUAUUUUGACUGUGCUGAUGACAAUUUUUCCCAAGGUUUCUAAUUCACUUCGGGCUGUUUCAGCAAUUAGACUUUUGGAGCUUAAAUGAACAGGCCACAUGACACAUAGCUGUACUUUUUUAGGGAUGAGGUAACACCAUCACUUUGUAUAAUGUUGUCAUUCACCGUGGACAAACAGAGCAGAAAACUACCCAAUGUAUUUGUACACUUCAAAUGGGAGUCUCUGUUCAGGUCAGAUGUAAUGAAUUAAGAUUGGCAUCCACUGAGAUGCUAUUGCCAGCUGUUUAUGCUUUGAUUUUAAAAUUUGUUGUUGGCUUAUACCAAAGAAAAUCCAUGCCUAUCAUAAUAACCUACUUAUUUGCAAUGUUUCUUCAAAAUAGUUUUGGUUAGGAUCACAGAAUGACAUAGAUGGCAGCAAGGGGAAUUGGACUGUGGUGUUAAUGAUUGGGGAACGCUAUCUAUCCACUCUGUUAUCUCAUGCUUGGAAAUGUUACUCUGGAGCUUGUACAAACUACAGGCAUUCAGUUUUAUUUUGCUGCAGCUAUACAAACAUUCUGUAAGCCCAUCACUAUUAUGUGGUUAAACUAAAUUUUGAAAUGCUUCUUUAUUUGCACAUUUACUUUAUGUUUUGAAUCAUAAAUUUGCAAUAAAACAAUGGCUUUCUCCCA